AUGGAGGUGCGUCGGCUCGACGAGGUCAUGGAGGAGGAGGUGCCGAUCCACGGUCGCGGCAACUUCCCGACGCUGCACAUCAAGCUGCGUCGGCUCACGCAGGUCGUACGCGAGCGUCUGCGCGACGACGGCAUCCACGUGCGCGACAUCCGCCUCAACGGCGGCGCCGCCAACUACGUGCUCGCCGGCGACCGCCACCGCUCCUACAACGACCUCGAUCUCAUCUUCGGCGUCGACCUGUCGAACGCGCGCGACCUGGAGAGGAUAAAGACGGCGGUGUUGGGGUCACUGUUAGAGUUCCUCCCGGCUGGGGUCGCCACGGGGAAGAUCAGCACGCGCGUGCUGAAGGAGGGCUACGUGAAGAAGCUGGUGCGGGUGUCGCAGCCGGCGAGCGGCGGGGAUGGUAACGGAGGAGGGGAUCGGUGGUCGCUGAUCUCGCUCAACAACAACGCCGGCAAGCACGUCGAGCUGAAGUUCGUCGACACGAUGCAACGCGCGUUCGAAUUCAGCGUCGACUCGUUCCAGAUCGUGCUCGACUCGCUGCUCGCCUUCUACGACCACGCUUGGGUGCCGAUGAGCGAGCAAUUCUACCCCACCGUCGUCGCCGAGUCCGUGUAUGGUGACUUCGUCGAGGCGCUAGGCCACCUCAAGCAGCGUCUCAUCGCGACGCGUUCCCCCGAGGAGAUCCGAGGCGGCGGCCUGCUGAAGUACUGCUUCCUGUUGGCGCGGGGGUACGCGGCAGCCGACCGCGAAGCGAUACGCUCGCUCGAGCGCUACAUGUGCUCGCGCUUCUUCAUCGACUUUCCCGACCUGCAGGCGCAGGGACGCAAGCUCGACUCGUACCUGGCGUCGCACUUCGCGCCGACGGCCGACGCCGAGCGACGCGACUACCUGCUCGUGCUGCGGCGCGUCAUCGACGACAGCACCGUGUGUCUGAUGGGACACGAGCGUCGGCAGAUACUGCAGCUCGUCGCGCAGAUGGGCGGCGAGACGCUGCAGCAGCAGCAGCGCCGCGCCGCGUACUGCAAGCAGCAGCAGCUGGCGCAGUUCGACGCGAGCGUGCACGGCGGCGGCGGAGGACACCAGGGGGCGCCGCCGAUGCGACACAUCCUGCAGCCGCAGGUGACCGUCUAUCCGCUCUACCAGCAGAUCUACUACUACUACCCGUCGGCAGGUGGCGCCCCCGUCGAGACGGCGACGCCGUGCCACUGCGCGUGGCAGCAGUGUUCGUGAGCGGAGGCGGAGGCGGUGGCGCCCCCUCCCAGCGGGCGGGCGUCGUUGCCGCCGAGGUUCCCCCCCGUCGAUUGACCAAUGUUCAGGUGUUUUAUUUUGGUGCCUAAUAUAACCCCUGCUUGUAAGCGAGCGAGGGAGCGCGGAGUGGUGGCUGUAGCGCGGCGGUAAACGUUGUUGUUAUGAUGGAAACGCGCGCGUAAUGUUGUACGUGCUAAAUAAUGAAUGGGUAGACAGACUGACAGAGGGAGAGAGAGAAAGACAGAGAGACCGAGAGAGAAAAAGAGAGCGAAAAAGAAAACAAGAAAGAAAGAAGGAGAGAGAGAGAAGGAGAGAGUGAGAAUAGAAGGAAGGCCAGGUAGAGCGGGGGAGAUGAAUAGGGAGAGAAAAAGGGAGAGAGAGAGAGAUUAAAAGGAGAGGGGAGAAUGAGUGAGCGAUUACUCUCAGAGUAGCCCAGAAGGAAGGCGAGAGAAUGGAAGCAUGACAGAGAGAGAGAGAGAGAAAGAGAGAGAGAGAGAUUGGUAGAAGGCGAGAGAGAGAGAGAGAGAGAGAGAGAGAGAGAGAGAGAGAGAGCCAAUUACCGUGCGCUAUGUUAGAGAAACCCCUCACGUUAUUCUAGACACGUUUCGCGAGCCGGGAUAUAUCCAAGUUGUUCCCUGUAUAAUAAGGAGCGCGGCGAUACAGCUUUGCCCGCAUACGGAGUGCUAGUCCGCACGCGUCUGCCCUUCACACCGCAGACGCGCGCGCACGAGCGGCGGAAGACGGGAGGUGACUCAGACGUGUAUAGAGGGAUUCUGAAUCACGGCUCGUGAGUCACGUUGCCGCGAGGUGGCAGCAGCAGCGCCGUACGUCGGUCACGUAACUAAUGUAACUUUUGCCGUCGUCUGUUACCGCGCGAGUGCUUAGACUGACACCGAACGCCCCCCGCGCGGACGAGCACCGUCGAUUGGCGCCGACUUGCGGUGUCAGUCUACGGUGCCGGACGUACGCGAGUGUGCCGUGUUCCGCGCGCGCGAGAGAUAAAUUCUCGCGGUAAUCGGCACGGCAAGAGUUGAUUGCAGUUGAUUGCAGUUGAUUGCAGUUGAUUGCAGUCGCUUAGGAGGGCAACACGGCGCGCCUACAUUGCGCGGGCUUCUUGGCUGCGGUAACUCGAGAGAAAGAGUUGGGAGAGAGAAAGGACAGAGAGAGAGAGAGAGGGAGAGAGAGAGAGAGAGAGAG